CCUUAUUCCCUUCCAGUUCACAUUAAUGAUUAAUGUACAUGACUGUAUUAUUUUAAGGCGCACCAUGAUACCAUCAACCUCUAGCUAACAUCAAAACAGCCUCCCUUCUAGAAUCAUAGAUGAAUCCAACGGUCCCUGUUCAUCAUCUACAGUUCCCAAUCUUCCGUAUCUCUUCAUUUUGCAGAACACUCCAAACUUCAAUGCAGUAAGAGAGAGGGAGAAACAAAGAGGACUGAAGAGAGAGGGGGAAAGGGGAGCUCACAGGAAAGGAGGAGGAAUGUCGUGAAUUUUGAAGACUAAGGGUUUGUGUUUGGAGUUUGGGGAGUAAAAGAAAAAUGGGUAUCUGCAGCUCAAAAGCAUCGAAAAAACCAAAUCCCUUUGCUUUACCUGAAGAAUUGAAAGAAGAAGAAGAUCUUUCUGUACCUGCAAAAAGUCCCAUCAAUGGAGUUGAUCAUCACCAAAAUCAAGAACCCAAACAGAAACAAAAUGGUGAUAAGAAGACUGAGGAUAAAGAUGAAGAAAAGGGUGUAGGAAAGUUUUCAACUUUGUUUCCGUUUUAUAGUCCAAGUCCAGCACAUUCAUUGUUUUCAAAGAAAUCACCAGCACCAAGUGGAAACUCAACACCAAGGAAGUUUUUUAAGAAACCAUUUCCACCACCAUCACCAGCUAAACAUAUACAAGCUUUAUUAGCAAGAAGACAUGGGACUGCCAAAACAAAUGAAUCCAAUUUAUUACCUGAAGCUGGUUCAGGGUUGGAUAAGAGUUUUGGGUUUUCAAAGAAUUUUUCCAGUAAGUAUGAACUUGGGGAAGCUAUAGGGCGUGGACAUUUUGGGCAUACCUGUUCUGCUAAAUGUAAGAAAGGUGAACUCAAGGGUAAACAGGUUGCUGUUAAGGUCAUACCUAAAGCUAAGAUGACUACAGUCAUUGCCAUUGAAGAUGUUAGAAGGGAAGUUAAAUUGUUGAGAGCUUUGACGGGACAUAAGAAUUUAGUGCAAUUCUACGACGCAUUUGAAGACCAAGAGAAUGUGUAUAUUGUGAUGGAAUUAUGUGAAGGAGGGGAGCUUCUGGAUAAAAUACUUUCGAGAGGUGGUAAAUUCACGGAAGAUGACGCGAAGGCUGUCAUGGUACAAAUACUGAAUGUUGUUGCUUUUUUCCACCUUCAAGGUGUUGUUCAUCGGGAUCUUAAACCAGAGAAUUUCCUGUUCGCCACGAAGGAUGAAAACUCCCAAUUGAAGGCCAUAGACUUUGGCUUAUCAGAUUUUGUCAAACCAGAUGAAAGGCUUAACGACAUCGUUGGAAGUGCAUACUACGUGGCACCUGAAGUUCUACAUAGAUCUUACAGUACAGAGGCUGAUGUAUGGAGUAUAGGUGUGAUUGCAUACAUUCUUCUGUGUGGCAGUCGUCCUUUUUGGGCCAGAACUGAAUCUGGGAUAUUUAGGGCUGUUCUGAAAGCCGAUCUAAGUUUUGAUGAAUCACCUUGGCCCUCUAUAUCUUCUGAAGCGAAGGAUUUUGUCAAGCGUCUUUUGAAUAAAGAUGCACGGAAAAGAAUGACUGCUGCACAGGCUCUCAGUCAUCCUUGGAUUAGAAACUGUACUGAAGUUAAACUACCUCUGGAUAUUCUGAUUUUUAGAGUCAUGAGGUCUUAUAUGCGGUCAUCAGCUCUUCGUAAGGCUGCUUUAAGGGCUUUAUCCAAAACAUUAACUGUGGAUGAGCUAUUUUAUCUGAAGGAGCAGUUUGCCCUAUUGGAGCCAAACAAAAAUGGCUGCAUAGGGUUGGAAAAUAUCAAACUGGCCUUGGCGAAAAAUUCAACAGAUGCGAUGAAGGAGUCUCGCGUUCAUGAUUAUCUAGCCUCGCUCAAUGCACUUCAGUAUAGGAGGAUGGAUUUUGAAGAGUUUUCAGCCGCAGCUGUUAGUGUCCAUCAGCUUGAGGCACUUGAUCGCUGGGAACAGCAUGCUCGCUCUGCCUAUGAAGUUUUCGAGAAAGAUGGCAAUAGAGCUAUUCUCAUCGAAGAACUUGCUUCGGAACUUGGACUUAGCCCUUCAGUUCCAGUCCACGCUGUUCUCCAUGACUGGCUAAGGCACACAGAUGGAAAAUUGAGUUUUCUUGGAUUUGUGAAACUGUUGCACGGUGUUUCAAGUCGCACUAUUCCUGUCAAGGCUCAGUAAGUUGUACUUCUAAGAGGUCCCUCCUACUCUCUACUCUCGAUCAGAAUAUAAAUGUAUCAUAGCAGGUCAAUUGUGCAUCAACUUUUUCACCUUUAAGUUGUGCAUGGAAAAACGGCCGCGGCAAUGCAUGCAACACACCCCCGAAUGAGCUCAGAAUAUUUCCAGGUUUAUCCUCUGUUAAGCCCGAACUCAAAAAAUGAAUUGCUAUCGGAGCCUCAUUCUGUCGACAAUUGUAAAUUUUUUUCAAAAUGUAAUAUUAUUGUUUACAAAGAAGGACUGCAUUAUGGUUUCUCUCCAAAUAUUCCAACUGUUCAUUUUUUUGGGUUGGAGUAACACAAGAACUGAGUAUUUGCCAGAGCAUAGGUUGUUAAUUGGAUGUCGGCAUAUACUGGUACCGGUACUAAACCACUGAUUGGACGGUGGUUUGUUUAAUUUGAGAGAUAUUUUU